UACAUCCUCCAGCUUGAGUUUCUACAAAAAUAAUGGCACCACCACAGCCUCCAUCACCAUCCUUCUGUACCCCAUUCAAGUUCGUCAAACAUGCUUAUUAUUUCAUGCUCUCCAACAAAAUGAACCUCUUGUUCGCUUCCCUGGCCUUCCUGGCUGGAGCUCCAGCUUGUCUCUACGUUCAACACUUACUUCAAACGCAUCACUUGAACCUCCCUCCAUUGUUACUCUUACCUUCAUGCUCAGCCCUACUGUUCCUAGCCCACUACUACUUCAUGAACAGAUCAACACAAGUAUACCUAGUCGACUUUUCGUGCUUCAAACCGGCACUGUCAUGUCUGUGUAACAAGGAGAUGCUUUUGGACAGGGCAGAGCGAGUGGGUUUCUUGUCAGAAGAGAGCUUGAAGCUUGUGAGGAAGAUAGUGGACAGGUCUGGUUUGGGACCGGACACGUAUGUGCCUGAGGCUUUGUUGGAGGUUCCUCCUAAUCUGGCUCUGGUGGAGGCGAGGAAGGAGACAGAGACGGUGUUUUUCGGAGCAGUCGAUGAACUUUUGGAGAAGACGGGAGUGGAUGCGAGGGACAUUGAUAUUCUUGUAGUGAACUGUAGUGUGUUUAAUCCCACACCAUCUCUCGCUGACAUGGUUGUGAAUCGUUACAAGUUGAGAGGGAAUGUCUUGUGCUACAAUCUCAGUGGAAUGGGGUGCAGUGCUGGUGUUCUUGCCGUUGACCUUGCCAAUCACCUCCUAAAGGCUCAUCCAAACUCUUACGCGUUGGUGCUGAGCACAGAGAACGGAAUAUCGAGCAUGUACUGGGGCAACAACCCCUCUAUGCUCCUCGUAAACUGUCUCUUCCGCAUGGGUGGCUCCGCCGCCCUCCUCUCCUCCCACUCCUCCGACGCCCGCCGUUCCAAGUACCGUCUCCUCCACACCCUCCGGACCCACGUCGGUGCCGACGACAACAGCUACAACUGCGUCAUGCAGCAAGAAGACGACGAGCGGAAAGUCGGCGUCGCCCUCUCCAAAGAACUCAUGAACGUCGCCAGGGACGCCCUCAAAGUCCACAUCACAAACCUCGGGCCCCUCGUCUUACCCGUCUCUGAGAAACUCAAGUUUCUGGUUAACUUGAUUCAGAGGAAGGUGUUGAAGAGCAAGAUUGAAGGGUACGUGCCAGAUUUCAAACUGGCUUUUGAGCAUUUCUGUAUUCACACUGGUGGCAGGGCGGUUUUGGACAGAAUGCAGAAGAGCUUGAAUCUGGAUGACUGGUACAUGGAGCCCUCGAGGAUGGCGUUAUAUAGGUUUGGAAACACGUCUUCUAGCUCUGUGUGGUAUGAACUUGCUUAUUGUGAGGCUAAGGGGAGGGUGAAGGAAGGUGACAGAGUGUGGCAGAUGGCGUUUGGGUCUGGGUUUAAGUGUAACACUGCUGUGUGGGUGGCUCUGAAAACCAUUGAUCCUGCGUCUAAGAAGAGUCCGUGGAGGGAUGAGAUUCAUAACUUUCCUGUUAAAGCAACCUCCUAAUCACUCGGAUCAAUAGAACAAAUGGGAUAUCUCAGUUUCUGGAUACUGGAUUGGUGAUAUAAAUGCAGUUAUGUGUUUUUCUUUGAAAGAUUGAGAUGCUUCAGAUCUGAGAAAGGACGACGCGGCGUGGGGAUCUAGGAUAUUAAUUACGUACCAGUGGUGGAGACAGUUAUAGCUAGUUAUGGAUUCGGAAGGAAUUAUUAUGAUAUUAUUGAAGUAGUUAAUGCUAUUAUGACUAUCUAAGAAGGUUGUUGUCAAAAAAUCGAGCUACUUGAAUGUCAUUUCAGACUUCAGAUCAGGAGCUUGCCUAUUUGUGGUCAACUCUCUCUACUGUAUCUCUCAGCUUUGAUGAACUUAAAUUAUCGU